CGCAUCUUAGCACAUCGUCGAACGAGACCGUUUUCGAUCGCCUUUGCAACAACUAGACAUAGUCAGCACUUUCACAAGUCAGCGUAUUUACGCUCUUUACUAUAUACUACAUUAUCUUAUUAAUUCAUCGGCAGUUAUUUCCGCUUCUUCACUUCUUUUCGCGCUGCCUCGAACUCCCCAUCUAGCUCUUGAGCUAGCUAUCUUCCGCCCCGCCCAAAAAAGCUUCCGAGUCAACACCAGCAAUAUGCCUACAAUGUGGUUAUCCGACUCCCAAAAAAUUGGAGUCGCCUUUUGCUCUGGCGGUGGCUUUUUCCUCAUCGGCGGUGUCCUCCUCUUCUUUGACCGGGCCAUGCUUGCCAUGGGCAAUAUUCUCUUCCUAAUCGGCCUAACUAUAAUAAUCGGUCCCCAAAAAACUUUCACCUUCUUCGCACGCAAGCAAAAGGCCAAAGGUACGGCGGCUUUUUUCUCCGGUCUGGCUUUGAUUUUGAUGCGCUGGCCUUUGAUCGGCUUCUGCGUGGAGCUUUAUGGGAUCAUGAUCCUCUUUGGCGACUUCCUGGGAACGAUAGCGGGUUUCGCGCGCAACAUUCCUGUUAUUGGACCUUAUAUCGGCACCGCGGUUGAUCGGUCUGGUGUGGUAGCGAGGCAGAAUGCGGAUUUGCCUGUUUAAAUGGAGGGAUUGAGUGUUGAGGGGAAAAGGCGAGGGCGCCGUGGCAUAGUGCAAACGUGCCGAACGAGGAUAUGGUCUGGGCCAUGGCGCCGCUCUUCGAAAGCUCACGAAUACUCGCUUUGCCGUUCGGUUGAAUGACAUCGGCGGGUCGGGCGCAAGACAGGUUCAGCGCUCGCGCUAUGAAAGGGAGGGCAAAAGAAAGAAUACGAGGCGAACGGGAACAUGAACGAAGAAACGACGGUUGUGAAACGAAAAGGAGAGGGAACGCCUAUGAAGGGUCUAAUGCCCACGAUCAACAUGCACAUUCACACAAACGGCGUUGGAGCGAACUUUGGGAUACCCAAGUUGUAAUAUGAAGAGGGAAGUAUCGGGCUUUCUUUUCAUGCAUAAUUUUGAGAGGAAGAAUCAAAUACUAUAGAUGGUUCCGGGGUGGGGGGGGUGUUAAAUUGUCUACAAAAUCACGAUACCAUAUAACCCCAAUGAUGGAACAACGGACGAGGAACGUUUUUCACCACCGGCAGCCUCGACUGACAUGGAAAGGCAAAUUCCGCCAAAGUGUGCUGUCAGUUCCAGAAAAAAAAAAUUCCCAAGGGCCUAUGCCUGUUUAAGGAUAUCAUCCAUCCAGUACACC